AUGGCCGUCGCGCCAGUAGCCCCAGCUUCGGCAGCAACUAACACGGUUGACGAGAAAGCCGUCAUUCCUUCCACAGUCGAGAUUCCGAAUCCUGAGGGUCGCCCAUCAUGUUUUAAAUCAACGACACAAGAAGUGCUCUUUGUUCUCACGGCCACCAUGGCCAUAGCAAUGGGCGCGUUCCUGAGCGGGGCUGUCGCUGUUAUCUCUGCUUCUGUAGGAGCGGACCUAGGAAUGACUACAGCAGAGAUCACCUGGAUAAGCUCAGCAAGCACAUUGGCUGGUGGUGCUUUCUUACUGUUGUUCGGCAGACUCGCUGACUGCUUUGGACGAAAGUCAAUGUUUGUUGGCUCGCUCUUCUUCUUUGCCGUCUUCGCCUUGGCUGCGGGCUUUUCCCAAACACCAAUUACAUUGGAUGUACUCAACGGGAUGAUGGGGUUGAUGACGGCAGCCUCUAUUCCUCCUGCACAAGGACUUCUGGGCACUAUCUACGAGCAACCUUCGAAGCGCAAGAACGCAGCUUUUGCGUGCUUCUCUGCUGGCAAUCCUUUGGGCUUUGUGUUUGGAACCAUCUUCUCUGGAAUUGCUAGCGACAUUUUCAACUGGCGAGCGAGUUUCUUCCUCCUGGCUAUCAUAUACCUGGUGUUCAGCAUCUUGGCUGUCUUUACAGUGCCCAAGGACACAACACCAAAGGAACCGUUCAACUGGGAAACGUUCCAGAAACUUGAUCCCAUUGGUGUCGUCUUGACUAUUGCUGGAGUGGGCAUGUUUUGCGCUGCGCUAUCUUCAGGAGACACGGCAUCUCAUGGCUGGAAAACAAAUUACAUCAUUGCCUUGCUGGUCAUUGGCGCCUUACUCAUGAUCGCCUUUGUCUUCUGGGAGAACUACUAUCCACACCCUUUGGUUCCAAUGUCCAUCUGGCUGGAUAGGAACUUCUCGCUGGUCAUUAUUGUCUUGCUGCUUGGCUCAAUGUCCUUCGCCGUCGCUGAAUUCUUCCUGUCUCUAUAUAUGCAGGAAGUCUGGAAAUGGUCGCCGCUUAUCACUGCAGUGCAUCUACUCCCUAUGGCCAUCAUGGGCAUCAUCGUCAACAUAAUCGCUGCUUUUAUCAUGCAUAAAGUUAGCAACAAGGUGCUCAUGCUCACCGGCUGCUUCGGAUUCAUCCUUUCCUUCACUCUCAUCGCCGUUAACACAAUCCACUCUUCUUACUGGGCCUUUUGCUUUCCGUCUUUCCUACUUGCAGUCGUGGGCGCAGACUUGGAGUUCAACGUCGCCAACCUGUACGUGGCGAGUUCGAUGCCAAAGCAUCAACAAUCGAUCGCUGGCAGUAUCGUUCAGACCAUUACCAAGCUUUGUCAAUCUGUAGGCUUCGGUAUCGGGACUGCGGUAUUUAAUGCAGUGGGAAGAAGUGCAAAGACUGGAGGGUACUGGGAUAAGGAGACGAAACCUUAUUCUGCCGUCUUUUGGUUUGCGACUGCGGCGAGUGGGAUCAGUGUUUUGUUUGCGGUCUUCUUGACUAUUGGGACGCAAGGAGGUAAAGAGAAGGAAGUUGAGGAUGGUGGGGAUGAUAGGGACGAGAGGAGUGCAGAGGUGCAGAGAUAG